AUGGUUUCUGACAACUACGGGAUAGUUGUGGAUUCAGGGUCUUCAGGCUCGCGGAUCCAAAUAUACAAAUGGAAAGACCCUGCUGGUCUUCAGAGCGAGUCGAAGGACGCCGCCAUUCUGUCGUCUGUGCCCCAGAUCGUGCAGGAGGACAAGUGGACCUAUAAGAUCAACAAGGGGCUUUCGACGUUUGCAGACCACCCUGAGGACGUGUGGGAGGACCAUUUCGAGCCGUUGAUUAAGUAUGCGGAGCAGAUUGUUCCAGAGGACAAGCUGGAGUCCACCCCCAUCUUUGUUCAGGCCACGGCAGGAAUGCGACUUGUUCCUGAGAAACAGCGAGAAAAGGUGCUGGAAAACGUGUGCAAGGCGCUGAAGGAGGAGACACAUUUUCAAAUAGGCAGGUGCGACGACCACGUGCAGGUGAUCGACGGCGAGACAGAGGGACUAUAUGGCUGGAUCGGACUCAACUAUCUGAAGGGAAAGCUGAAUCAGUACGAUCCAAAGAUCCCAAUUUCUGACCACGACUCCUACGGGUUUAUGGAUAUGGGCGGGGCAUCCACGCAGAUAGCGUUUGUUCCCUCAGAUGUGCAGGAAAUGGAGCAGCACAAGGACGAUCUGUACGAGGUGAGUUUGAGAAACGUGAACGGAGAAAUGCAGCGCUGGCCCGUGUUUGUGUCCACAUGGCUGGGAUUUGGAGCAAACGAGGCCCGCAAGAGGCAUCUGAAGAACCUGAUCACAGCUCUUCCGGAAGGCGUGAACUACGACAAGGAUGGAGACAGCAAGUACGACAUUUUCGAUCCAUGUUCUCCCAAAAACAUGCAGAUCAGACAGGAGCUGAACGGCAUCACCUACGAGAUUACCGGUCUGGGAGACUACAAAACGUGCAUGAAACACGUGUAUCCGCUUUUGUUGAAACACCUGCCCUGUAAGGAAGAUCCGUGUCUAUUCAAUGGGGUGCACGCUCCUACAAUCGACUUCGAAAAGGACAAGUUUAUCGGGGUGAGCGAGUACUGGUACACUGCCAACGAUGUGUUUCACAUGGGAGGAGCAUAUAAUUUCAAAAAGUUUGAGGAGAGACUUAAAGAGUUCUGCGAGCAGGAUUGGGAGCAGAUUGAGCUGAAUUUCAAAAACAAGCAGUACGGAAGCAACAUCCCAGAGGCUAUCCUCAGAGAUUCGUGUUUCAAGGCAAGCUGGGUGGUAAAUGUGCUUCACGAGGGUUUUGGGCUGCCGAGAAUCGGGUUUGAGACAGGCGAUCUGUCCGAAGAAGAAGUGGAAAAGCUCAACAAGCAGGACACGGAGCAUAUUCCGUUUCAAAGCGCAAACCAGAUUGACGGAGCAGAUCUUUCGUGGACGCUGGGAAAGAUUGUUUUGUAUGCCUCGUCGCAGGUCCCGUCCAACGAUGGUGUUCCUGUUGGAGUGAUACCAGGAGAAAGUGCGCAGACGGCGAUCGGUAGCGCGAUUAAGCCCACGCCUGGCGUAGCGACGACGGACUCGCUGAACGGUUACUUUGCAAUGAUGGUCGGAGUUUUGCUGUUGGCAUUCUUAGGGUAUGGCUUCUUCACCAAGAAGUUCACUCACUCCAAAUUUUUAUCGGGAAAAGGACUGAGCGGAGUCCAGGCGAGUUCAAUUAGAAGAUUCCAGCAACAAUGCUCCAACAAAAUCAGCAGCAAGCUGAAGUCGUUCAGACACGCAUCCAUGGUCGCCGACGAGGAGUCGACUAUGUACGCGGACGAGUUUACGCCAAAGCUACCAAAACGCGCUUCUUCCGCCUCGAUUCCGCAAAAUGGCAACUUUCACACGCUAAGAACACGCUCGACAUUGAAUCUGUCCGAUAUCCAAUCUGAGACCCCGCAAUUUGCGCGCUCUACGUCCGCAAACUCGUUGCCUGGUAAAAUCGGAUCGAACGCUCAGCUGGACAAACAGGGGCUGCAUUUUGAUUUCAUGAGCAAAAAAUACAACAAAUACGUCAACCGGUCAACUUCUCCAAACCGAGGUGUUCCUUUCCCGCAGGCCCUGGGCCUGUCGAGCGGGUCGCAGGUGGAGCUCAAGACACUAAUCAAAAGUAAGGCCACUGACUAG